AUGCCGAGUCACUUAAGGAGCGGAGACGCAGACGUUUGCAUUUCCGUAAUGGAUCCGAUCGUGAUGCCACUACAUGAAGACCGUUGGUCUAGAGCGUCUAGAGCCUCAGGCAUGUUAGAAGAACACCAGCCUGCUCCGCCUGAAGAGUCGAUGAUCGAGGAAACUAGAGAUGAUGCGCCUGGAAGCAUCACUAGUCGAUAG